UAUUUAACUCCUCUGAAGGUCCUGGGUUUUACCUAUUUCUUCUAAUUUCCUGGUGUUUGGGUUCUCAGGUGUGUGACCAACCUGGAUGCAUAUAAAAACAGGGACUGAACGCGGUGGGUGACAACACUCUACUACCCUUCAGGAUGAAGAUUGAUACUGUGGUUCUGCUGCUCUGUCUGUCUGUGACACGGGCCCAGGGAGACGGCACAGGGGGCCAAGAGAACGACACCAUGAACAGUCUGGGUGAACCACAACCAGGAGGCCAUGGGAGCGAUUGUGCCAUCCUGACUGAACUGAGGGCUCUGAGAGACAUGGUGGUGGAACAGAAGGUUGAGCUGAGAGUCACCCAGAGUCAGGUGGAAGAGAUGAGAAGAGACAACGCAGCCCUGGAAGCCAGACUAAGUCUCAGUGAACAUCACGUGGAAGAACUGAAGGCAGAGAAUGAGGGCAGACCAAAGGUGGCAUUCUCCGUGGGUCUAACUGAUUCAGGAAAUGUUGGGCCCUUCAACACUGACACAUCACUGGUCUAUAGCAAAGUCUUCACCAACAUAGGCAACGCCUACAGCCCAGUAACAGGUGCGUUCACAGCACCAGUGAGAGGAGUGUACUACUUCAGGUUUACUGCCGCGGACGGCCGUCGUUCCAAAACGAAGGCAGGAGUUCAAAUGUUGAAGAACGACCACAAGAUCAUGGUCAUCCAUAUCCUUAAUAACGGUCUAUGGAGUUAUGCGUCAAAUGCUGUCACUCUGGAACUGGAGCAGGGAGAUAUGAUUAUGAUGCGUCUUCCAUCAGGCUUCGGCCUGUUUGAUGACAUUUGGAAUUACAACACCUUCAGUGGUUUCCUUCUCUUCCCCAUGUAAAACAGGCUGUCUGUCCAGGCUCGUGACCCAGAGUUUAAUAAAGCUGACAUUCCUCCCUUG